GAUAAUUAGUGAGUACAAUAUAUAAUAAAAAUCAGCAAAGUGAACUCAUUUAGAUAUCCAUUUAGUUUCCAGCCGUGUUUAUUAUUUAUCAGAAUGGAAAGCGCUGCCUAUUGCAGUGUGUUGCUCUUUUCUGUUUCUCCUUCCGCCCCAAGCUGUUCCCAUAGCAACCCUUCAGUAUGUGAGCUUCAAGUCAUGGGCGGGGCGCCUCCUCUGUGAUGGACAGGCUGUCCAACCAACAGUCAUGCAAGAAUCUCUUGCUUGAUCCAAUGAACAGCGGCAUCUUCAGUCAGAGGGGCGGGGUCCCUGUGGAAUGAGAGCUGCGUCCAUAGUUGCAGGUGGGACAGGUUGCUGAGCGGAGGUUUCCGAACAUCAGAGAUGGCAGGAACUGCAAGACAUGAUCGGGAAAUGGCCUUACAGGCUAAAAAGAACCUCUCAACCUGUACAGAUCCUAUUGAAAAGCUGCGUCUCCAAUGUCUCUCUAGAGGAUCAGCAGGCAUAAAGGGUCUGGGCAGAGUAUUUCGCAUCAUGGAUGACGACAAUAGCAGGUCCCUUGAUUUUAAAGAGUUUUUAAAGGGCCUGAGUGAUUAUGGUGUAAUGAUAGACAAAGCAGAAGCCCAGGAGCUUUUCUCUGUGUUUGACAAAGAUGGAAGCGGAACAAUCGAUUUUGAUGAAUUCCUUGUCACAUUACGACCGCCCAUGUCGAAUGCAAGGAAAGAAAUUAUCAUGCAGGCCUUCCGGAAGUUGGACAAAUCAGGUGAUGGUGUUGUGACUAUUGAGGAUUUGAGGGGGGUUUACAAUGCAAAGCACCACCCAAAGUACCAGAAUGGAGAGUGGACAGAAGACCGGGUUUUUAGGAGUUUCCUCGAUAACUUUGACUCUCCAUAUGACAAGGACGGGCAGGUUACACCGGAGGAAUUCACAAACUACUAUGCAGGCGUCAGUGCUUCCAUUGAUACUGAUGUCUACUUCAUUACCAUGAUGAAAAAUGCCUGGAAGCUUUGAGUGUGACAAAAGACGAAUUUCUGAACUAUUACAGUGGAGUUAGUGCAUCUAUUGACAGUGAUGCCUACUUUGUACUGAUGAUGAGGAACGCCUGGAAGUUGUGAUAGGUGCAUGGUUUUAAUACACGUUUUAAAGUUCUUCUGUUUGUGUGUAUAAUGGAUUUAACUGGAAGGAGAGACCACCAGAAAAAAAAACACAGUUUUAUAGAAGCUGCUGCUGCUGACUGAAAUGGACAGUAAAUACUGCACACAAAGAUUUAUACAUAAUAGUACUUGUUAUAAAAUGUUUAUAUACAGUAUGCAAAUUUUUCCUGUAGAAGAAUAUUAUAAUUAGAGUGCCCUGGACUAUCAGAACACGUAGAACAAAACAUUAGGCCCUAGCAAGCAGCCAGAAGUUUGAAUGAAAACCCUCUGAAACUCUGAAAAUACAAGGUAUCAUUAAAGUAGAACUAAAUCCUAAAAAUUAAUAUGGCUAAAAAUGCCAUAUUUUAUAUAAUGCACUUAUUGCACCAGCCUAAAGUUUCAGCCUUUCAAUAGCAGCAAUGAU